GCUUCAAUGACCAAUUUAUUGUACACGUCAGUGAGAGCGGUGAUUUUACACAUGUAGACUAUUAUAGCACAGUUAGCGACUGCUUCGAAGGUGCCCCGACGAAAAGCUCGGAAUUCACCAGUAGCGUCGAAGUUGUUCGACCAGAUCAACCUGUCAGACCUGCAUUGGGUAGGCUGAGUGGCAUCGGACAGAAGUCGUCACAAACAGCGAAAUCAGACGAAGGAGAGGCCGAUAAGCCAGAGGAAGAAAAAACCUUUUUCCAAAAGUACUGGUAUGUAUUUUCAAUCUGUCUUUACUGAGGUGACUACAAGAGGUAAGAAAGCCAUGUUGAUGACUUCCAUGUUUUUAGGUAUAUUCUGUUGGGUAUUAUGGUCAUGGUUAUCACCACUGCUACCCAAGAACCACCGGCCGCGCAAGGACAAGGCGGACGUCGAUAGUAAGGUACGGUUUAGCUGGAGUGGCUGAGAAAAGCUUGCUGCCAAUGUAGUCUCAAAUAGAAGCGAUAAAGAGCCAUUAAAGGAGAGCAUAUGUUUUUCUUAUAUGCAAUAAAACUUUCAUUGUGUAUUUUGAUCGACGACUUGAUCGUUGCUAAUCAUGAAAA